AGGGUUUUAGUAUCAGGGCUUAAAGUUAUUUGCAGAUAUAAUAAACAAUGGCGCACUUUCACGACAAGGAUGUAUGCACUCAUCAUGAUGCAUGUUGCGAAAUGACCAGCCCUGCCUGCUGCCAGACUUUAGACGAAUUAGACUUUCAAAGAGGAAUUUGGGGUGCAGCAAUGGAUGGUGAUGUGGAACGCAUAAAGUUGCUAUUGUCCAAGGGUAUUUCUCCCGACGCGACGGAUUCUGCCGGCUACAAACCGCUGCAUUACGCUGCACGGAACGGACACUACCUGGUGUGUGAGAUACUGUUGCAACACGGUGCGGACGUGAACGCGACCACUCCUUCUAUCAGCGCAACAUCUCUGCACCGUGCGGCUAUACAGGGUCACGCCAACGUCGUCGGUUUGUUGCUAGAGAACGGCGCGAACGCAAAUCUCAGGGACGCUGAUGGCAAGACACCCCUACAUCGAGCGAUAACAGGUGUUAACGAUAGCACAGUGAAGACCUGCAAGUUGCUAGUACCGCAUACUGAUCUCACCAUUAAAGAUAACUCUGGAAAAACUGUGGAGGAAUGUUUCCAACAACAAAUCGUAGAUAAGUACGCAGAUAAAGUACAUCGUAAAGGACAAUUAAGGGGCAUCGAUUUCAAUGACCUUCAACAAAUAUUUACGGAAACACUUAAAGAAACAAGAAAAGAAGAUCAAGAAAGGAUAUUAAAAAAAAUUUUUUUG